GUGCUGUUUUGUUUGUAGCAUUAAAUUGUGAAGAUAACUGGAAGAAUCUGGAAUACAAAAUACGUAAUAAAUAAUAAUUGCUCAUAUAUUUAUGUGUAUGGUUCUAGUUUAUUUUAAUUUACUCUCCAUGAAGUAUGCGCCAUUAACAUGGAUGACUGUCGAAACUCGUUAGAAGCACUUGAAAAGCUACUAAACGAGUUUUUCAGUCCUGGAACAUCCAACGAGAGACAACGAGAAUUAGAGAAUAUCCUAAGUACUUUCUCCGGCAGACCAGAAUCAUGGAGGUUGUGUCUCCAGUUUUUGACAUUAACCAGCAACCAGUAUGUUGCCAUGUACUGCCUGGCAACUAUAGAGUCUGUGAUAACCAAGCGCUGGUUGGUACUACUGACAGAGGAGAAGUCAGAACUAACAUCUCUACUGUACAAACAUCUACUGGCUCGACAUACAGAGUUCCCUCACUUCAUACGCAACAAACUGCUCAAACUUAUAGUAGACAUCGCACGUUAUGACUGGCCGCACUUUUAUCCUGACUUCUUCAUGAAUAUCUGCAAAAUGAUCCAAGAUCCCAACACCACAGUUCUGGGGCUCAGCUUCCUUCAGACAGCCUCGGAAGAACUGAUUUGUCCUCGUGAAGAUCUCAGCGUUUGUCGCAAGGACGAACUCAAACGACUGUUCACUGCUCACAUUCCAAAUGUUUUUAAAAUAAUUUGCGAUGUAUUGGAAGGAGUCAAAGAAGGUAGAAGCAGUCAGGCUGUAGGAGCUGCGGCCCUACAAGCUGUGUGUCACUUAUUCUCAUGGGUCCCUCUACAGUCACAGGCCACACAUUCUGCUCUUCUUGCUCUGGUUUUCCACUUCACCUGCACUCCGGACAACCUGGGAGUGUGUGCGUUGGCCGUCCUCAACGAGGUGUUGUACAAGAACUGUGUGCCACACUCUCUGCUGCCCUCAGUGUUUGUCGUCUGCACUCAGAACCACCAGCUGUUACACCUGGUCCUGCAGCAGAGCGAUCUCGCCAACAUUGAUGAGAACUACAUCAACAAGUUGACAGAAAUGUCUCACCUAUGUCUAUCCAAACAUUGGCACCGGAUAGAACAGAACCAUCUGUUCCCUGUCAACGACUUCCUGUACGCCUUGUAUCAGUACACUUUCCGUCAACCCACUGUGACUACGUACUACGCUUGUCUGGAGGUGUGGACAUCGCUGCUUGACUAUCUAGCGGACAAGGAUGCUGUGCAUAUACACAAGUAUGAAGAAUUUGCAACCGCUCUGGUUGAAGCCGUCAUAAAAAAAAUGAAAUCAGAUCUGGACUUGGACGAUGAGAAAACUGACGAUGAUGAGGAAACAGAACGCCAGGUGUUCAUCAGGCACAACAUCGAGGUGAUAGGAAAGAUUGGAGACAUCGUACCAAUGGCCACCUGUUCCAGAGUUGUGGACGCGUGGCAAAAGUGUUGUGCAGCCUACAGCAAGCUGUUGUUCGCCACAGAGCCGCCCCAGCCUGGCCCCGAGCUGCGCAGAGUGUUGUUGGACUGUGCAGCCCUCACGCAGACUGUUGGUCACAUCCAUGGCCACCUGUCGGGCACCAUGAACCUGUCCAUGAGUCUCAGUGGUCUGGCUGUGGCCGCCAGCCGGACGGUGUUGCAUGAAAAAGUUACCGACCCGGACACUGUUAAGCUGCUAGUGGCUGUACAUGCCGAGGUGAUUGCUGCACUGCCCACCUGGCUCAGUACUGAACAUGUCAACACAGCUGUGGAGGCUUGUCUACCUCUGCUGCAGUCACAACACACUGUUGUCAAGCUACAGCUGUGUGCUGCUCAUCUGCUAGCAGCUCUAGCCAACAAGAAGUUCUCUCCUCACCCUCUGCCCACAUUGCUGCCGUUGUUCCAGACAAACCUCGGUCACCUGAACCAAGAGACUCAGACACUGGUCCAAAGUGCGUUGUGUCGUAUCUUGAUGACUUGCCCACCAGACAUACAGACGGAAGAGCAGCGUCUUGAGCUGAUGACCAACCUGGUCAAGUCCAUGAUGCCCAGCGGCACACAGGACUUGCGACAGAUCACUGCACUGCUUGUACACUGUAAGCCUGAGAACAAACAAGCCAAGCAGCUGCUGUACUCUGCACUACAGCCAGUGUUGGAGAACGUGAUUGCGGAAUUCCCGGUCAGAAUGAAUACAGAGCCACAAGUUUGUGAUCAGAUGUUAAGCUUUUUCUUGGAAGCUUUUCGAGCUCUCCAAGAACAUAUCGGAGCUGACAUGACUCAACGUGCUGUUGAGACUUUCAUCAAUGCCUUCCGCAGUGUGGACAUCAUCACUAGAGAGUGUGGUGUUGACAAGCUCCUACAACUGCUUGUGUUGAUUGUAGAGCAAGCAUCAGGCAUCUUCAAGCAGUUCAUCCCCUCAUGUGUCACACUCUGUCUGGACCACAUCUACCCUGCAGUCUACAACAGCCCCAACUCUAAUAUCAAACCUUGCCUGUUUCAUCUGUUGUACAGUAUUCUGCUACACAAGUGGCAGUACUUCUACAGUGGCAGUGUUGCCGACGGAGAGCCCGAGCUGCAGAAUGGACAUCAGUUGGCUGCCAUACUGCAAGCGUUUGGAGAGUCACUCAUGCAGAACGACAUCACACUGUUCUCUCAGAAUCUGCAAGCUCUUGAGAUACUCAACCUGCAGUGGAAGUUGUACCAGCGGGAGCUGUUCCGCACCCAGUUUCUGCCAGAAUAUCUGACUCUGCUGUUGAACACACUGAUCUUGAAAACCCACGCUCUGAGAGCUGACGAGAUAGCGACUGCAAUCUACAACAUGGCUACUGUGGACUUUGAAACAUUCUAUUUGUUUUUCCUUCCACACUUCCUGGACCAUACUACCGGCUUGGACAGUAACCAACGAAUGGUGCUGCGGCGCAACAUGAAGGCUGAUCAGGAUCUGCCAACUUUUAUCCAAAAUGUUCACCGGUUGGCCAACGACAUUCGCUGUUAUCGUCUCUGUAACGGAACAAACCCAGCCGCCUCAUGAUCUGUGAUACAAUCUGUGUAAAGUGCCAUCUUUUCUUUCUUUUGCGUUCUUAUUCUCUUAUCUAUUAUUUCUUUCCUAAAAAGUAUUUAUAAAAAAAACUAUAUGUAAUUAAUUAUUUUCUAGGGCAUCAGUUUGUCUAUUUUAUCAUAGACAAAAAGAAUUAAAUAUAGACUGUCAGCCGUGCUGUGGUUACCAUGGUUACCAUAGGUUCCGGCGCACACCGCUGUAGUUUACGUAGCACGUACACCGUAAAUACAUGGCGCUCCAAGCGGUGUGCGCCAGAAGCUAUGGUAACCACAGCACAGCUGACGGUCUAUAUUUAACUCUUUUUGUCUAUGAUUUUAUUUACUUGCAUGUUGCAUUUCGUACAAUCAAAUUUCUGAAUUAUGUUUUCAUUUUCGUUAUGUGCUUUGUUUUAUAUUUGUUUUUUACAUGUUAUAUUUUACUUUAUUUAUAUAUAAUACAGAUCAUUAUCAACCAUAUUUUACCAAGAAUCACUGAUUAGUUGAAGAAUAAGUUGAAGAUUUUUAGUAUUACUUUAUUUAUUUAGUAACAAUAAACUAUUGCGUAUACAUUUUUUCAAAACAUGGUAUGGAUGUGUAAUUUCUCAAGCUGUCAACCCACACGGUUUCAAAUUCAUUCAAUAUUUUUCUUGUAUGUUGUGCAGUAAUUCAGUGUAUUUGUGUUUUAAAUUGCGCCGAACAAUUGAUAUUGAAUCAUUUUUAUUUUUUAUCCCCCAACCACACUUCCUGUUUUAUAUUAUUUGUUGAGUUUUUAACGUACUUCAGGUUUUACUCUACUUAUUAAGACCAAAGAUUUAGUGAAUUGCAUUUUACUAUGGUUGUACUUAACCAAAACCUCUUUCUUACAGAUUAAACAAACUCACAAGUGGAAAGCAAAAAUAAAUUAACUAUUACAUAUAUCUUUUUAUACAAGUUUCAAUAUGAGUUUUGGAGUACAUUUAAUGUUUAACCUAAUCUAAAAGAGUGUUUUUAUUGUUAAUAGUCUGGUUUUCUUUCAGGGUAUUUCAAAUUAACAUUAGUUCAAAAGCAAUAACAUAAAAAUGGGCGACACUACAUUUUUAAAUUGUGUCAGUCUGUAAAACCAGAAACUGUUAACAUCACAGGUGGAUAUUCAACUAUAACAUGUAUAUAUGUGAUGUUAAGCAGGCAUAUUCCUGUCUUAAAUUAUGUAGAUCUUACUGAUAGAUUAUCUUUGAUCUUCUUCUUCUUAAAUAUCUUGAUACAUUCUUCUUAUUUGUCGUACAUUAACAAUAAUACCUAGAUUUCUAAAAUAUGUAGAAAAAUAUUGGUAUUUAUAGCUUUACUAUAGCCAAUAAUAAAUUACUGCCUUGUUAUUAAUUUAGAAGAAAAAAAGGUCAAGGAUUUUACAAUGCUCAACAUUCAAUUUGUGUUUAUUUUUUCAUGCUCUCUUCUAUAGUUACCACUUUUUGAGGCGUUUUAAAAGACAUAUUAUUUCAAGAUAAUGUAAUGUUUUUUGUUUGAUAACGUUUCUGUAAACGCUAAAAUAAAUGUAUUAUUUAUUUAAAAAUCAAUGUACAAUGAAGAUAUUUUAUCUUGAAAGUUAAGUGUCUAAUAGUUAAGGCUAAAGAUGUUGAUCAAAAUUAUCUACUAUUUUAUUUUGACAAAUCUAAAAAACUACUAUACAAACCUUAAAUAGGUUUUUGUAAUGUACUAUUUUCAUUUAUUACAGUUCAGAAUAUACAUUUAUAGUGAACCGUUAUAAAAAAUUGAGGAACUUAUCAAAGCUCAAGAAUGCACAAGUUAAGUUCAAUGUUUUACCAUCUCUCUCUCCUCACUGUUAUUUUUUUGCUGUGCAGGUUUUGGUUUUUACUUUCAUAUCCUGAAUGUAAGUUUCUGAUGUUGUAGUUCAAAUCACAAUAUUUUUUUCUGGAUAUAGUUUACAGGUGUAUAUCUGACCAAGUUAGCUGUAGUGUUUUUCAAAUUGCUGAGAAGUUACUUGCAAACAUUGUCAGCUACCUACCGUAGCUGUGAUUAUGAAAACAUUAGGUCUAUGCUGUAGCAAUAUUGAGUCAAAUCUCUGUGUUGCCAAAUCUAUUUUGCCUUUCCAGUGGUGCGACUGUUCUUACCAAGGGACUAAUAAAACAGGCCAUGCUGCAGGAUCCAUGAUGUCACAUUUGUGGAUAGAUUUACUACCAUAUCCCAUAUGUUUUAGGUAAAUAAGCUGGCUUUUUACGUGUGGCAACUUUAGUACAACUAUCCACCACUGUGACAUAGUGUUGUGCUGCCGCAUGGCCUGUUUUUCUAGUGAGGCCUUGCUCUUACUCAUCAAAUUUGCUAUUGAUACGUCUAAUUUAUGGAUUUUAAGACUGUAGACAGACAAAAGGAACAACAAAAAUAUACCAACCUGUUUUCUGUUUCAAUGUUAUAUGACUACGAAUACAGUCAAAUUGUCAUGCAUAUAAUA